AUGCUAAGAUACAACCUAAAGCGAAAUUUGCAACAGGUUGCUGCACAGCGAACUGCGUCAAGUAGUACGACUGCGUUGCACAAAUAUCCUAUUAGGUCCAAAAGUCAUGGCUUUGAAAUUAUCAAGACAACCACGAUACCUGAAUUUUCAUUAGUGGCAGUUUUAUUGAAACAUGAGGCAAGUGGAGCCCAACAUUUGCACUUGGAUUCGGCUAAUGACAAUAACAAUGUAUUUUCAAUAGCAUUUAAAACGAACCCACCCGAUGCCACUGGGGUGCCACAUAUUCUAGAGCAUACAACCUUGUGUGGGUCGAAAAAGUACCCAGUUCGGGACCCGUUUUUCAAAAUGACCAAUAGAAGUUUGAGUAACUUUAUGAAUGCAAUGACAGGUCAUGACUAUACAUUUUAUCCAUUUGCAACGACUAAUCGCAAGGACUUUGAAAAUUUAAUGGACGUGUAUCUCUCGUCGGUCCUUGAGCCGUUGUUGAAUUACAAUGAUUUCAUACAGGAGGGAUGGAGAUUGGAAAACUCAGCUCUAGAAGAUAUUAAGAGUAAGCUUGAAUUCAAAGGUGUCGUUUAUAAUGAGAUGAAAGGACAGUACUCCAAUUCAAUGUACUACUUCUACAUUAAGUUUUUGGAGUCUGUUUAUCCAGCCUUGAACAACUCGGGUGGAGAUCCUACAAAAAUGACCAAUUUAUCCUACAAAGAAUUGGUUGACUUUCACAGUCGAAAUUACCAUCCGUCAAAUGCAAAAACAUUCACUUAUGGUAAUUUACCGUUAGAAAAUCACUUACGCCGACUCAAUGAGUACUUUAAAGGCUUUGACAAGAAAUGUUUAAGCUCAGAGGUCAAGGAAUCGAUAUUUGUGACCGAUCCUAAAAAGGUUCACGAAGUCACAGUUCCUGGCCCUUUCGAUUCAAUGAUCAACAAGGACAUAUCGGAACAGUAUAACGCGUCAAUAACGUGGUACUUGGGUAACCCUUUGGAUAUACUGAUGUACUAUAAUUUGUUUAAGUGGAAGAUUCUUGCUUCGCUACUUUUCGAUGGUCAUAGCUCGCCACUUUAUCAAGACUUUAUUGAGAGUGGGUAUUCCGAAGAUUUUUCUGCAAAUUCCGGGUUAGACUCCACAACUUCCCUUUUCUCAAUAACAGUUGGCUUCAACUACUUAACUAAGGAAAAAGUUGGAGGCUUGGAGUCAGCGAUUAUCAAUAGUAUCAGGGAUAGUGUGAUGCCGAGGUUGAGCGCCAAUGAUUCGGCAUACAAUAAUAGAGUUGAAGCGUUGUUGCAUCAAAUUGAGUUGGGUUUUAAAAGACACAAGCCCGAAUUUGGAUUUAGUUUACUAAGUUCACUAGUUCCUUCUUGGGUCAACGGUGCAGACCCGUUGGAGGUCCUUACUGUGGAAGCAAUUUUGUCAAAGUUCAAGAAAGAAUACUCGGAAAGAGGAUUGAAGAUGUUUGAGGAAUUAUUGAAUGAUACAUUGUUGAAUAAUGCAACUCAAAAAUUUAAAUUUACAAUGGAACCAAGAGAUAAUUUUGCAAAACAAUUGGGUCAAAUAGAGACUGACAACUUACUGAGCAAAAUUGAAGAGCUAACGGAGGAUGAUCGACAAAAAAUCUACGACAGGAACAUUGAAUUGGCGGAGUCUCAAACUCAAGAGCAAGAUGCAGACGUGUUACCUUCUUUAGCAGUUGAGGAUAUUUCCAAAAGGGGGUCAUUUUAUGAUAUUGCUGUAGUGCGUGUCAACAACAAGGAUAUAAAUGAGAGAGUUGUCGAUACUAAUGGUCUUGUUUAUGUAAAUGCGUUGAAGGAAAUUCCUUUCUUGUCAGCAAAAUAUUACAAAUACCUUCCGCUAUUCAACAGUUGUUUGACAAACCUUGCAGGUACGACAGAGACGCCCAUUACCGAGCUUGAAACUAAAAUACAGUUGGUUACUGGUGGGAUCUCAUUUAACCACAGGAUAACACCUGACCCUUAUAACAUAAAUCUGAUGAAAUUGCAGUAUCUGUUGGCGGGAGCAGCUUUAAAAGAGAAUGCAGCCAAUAUUUAUGACUUAUGGCGAGAAAUUUUACAAGAUACUCGGCUUAGUGAUGAUGAGGAAGUUUUGGAUAAGCUCAGUACUUUAAUCAAAAACAUGGGACAGAACCAAAUUAAUGCAGUUGCAGAAAGCGGCCAUUCUUAUGCAUGUGGAGUCAGUAACUCAAAGAUUACCCCUGCCAAGUACAUCAGAGAAGUCACUGGAGGAUUAGAACAGGUUCAAUUUGUGAUGGAAAUGAAUAGGAAUCUUGAAAACAAAGGCAAGGAUUAUUUGAAGAAUGAAAUUUUGCCAAUUUUGAGGACUAUGAAGGAGGCAGUUUUGCAAGGUGAUUUCAAAUAUAGAGUAGUAGGAGACCUUGAAACAGUGAAAGAAAAUGAGCUGUUGAUUAGCAAGUUUGAUGAGCAAAUGGCAUCUUCAGGACCUACGCCCGCCACGACUGAUGGUCUUGACUCUUUACUUGAGUCAUUCAAGUAUAAUCACACCUCGGAAAAGCAAUUAAUUAAUCUCCCAUUCCAAGUGGGUUAUUCAUGUUUGGCCAAGAAAGGUGCAUCCUUCUCUUCUAAAGAAGGUGCUGCUUUACAGAUACUAUCGCAAUUGUACACAUUUAAAAAUCUACACUCCAAGAUUAGAGAGGCUAAUGGUGCCUAUGGAGGCGGUUUGACUUAUGACGGGUUAGGGGGAACUUUAGACUUUUAUUCUUAUAGGGAUCCCAAUCCAGUCAAGUCCAUCCAAACAUUUGAAGAAUCGUUUGCUUAUGGCCUCAAUGCUCAAUGGAGCGAGAAGGAUUUAACAGAGGCCAAAUUGAGGGUCUUCCAAAGUAUAGAUGCCCCUAUCAACGUUGCAAGCCAAGGCUCUACCCAAUUUUUUGAAGGGAUAAGCGACGAUUUGAGGCAAGAAAGAAGAGAAAAUUUCCUUAGCACAACUAUUCAAGAUUUGCAGCAUGUUACCCAAAACUAUCUUGUCAACAACCCUAACAAUUUGGUUACUGUCAUUGGCGAUAACGAAUUAUUGAAAGUCGAUAACAACUGGCAAAUUAGAAAUCUCAAGUUAUAG